AAAAAUAACUGAAAGACAGGCAGCCCGUCCCAAUGACUAGGCAAAAGCUUUUCGCCAUGCUGCCCACUCCAUGUUGAUCAAACCAGCUGCUUAGCCACAAACAGCUUUUUUACUGGAAAGAUGAGCCAUUAUUUCCAUUCUCUGCUUCUGUGGUGACCUCUAAACACAGUUUUUGACCAUCCCUGAUCUACAUAUUGAACUGAAGUGGACCAUGGUGCGCAAUGUGGAUGACCUGGACUUCUGCCUAUCCUCCCAUCCUCAGAGCAUCCUGGAGGGCUUGCACUCCCACUGCUCUCACCCCAAACUGGUCGAUGUAACGCUGAGCGCAGGCGGUCGGGACUUCCCCUGUCACCGUGGCGUGUUGGCCCUCUGCAGCACGUACUUCCACUGCAUGUUCACGGGGGACUUUGUGGAGAGCAUAGCUGCGCGUGUGGAGCUUCAUGAUGUUGAUCCUGAUAUACUCAGCUGCUUGCUGGACUUUGCCUACACAGGCAAACUGACCAUCAACCAAAGCAAUGUGGAGGGGCUGAUCUGCACCUCCAGCCAUCUGCAGUUCCAGACCGUGAGAGCCGUGUGCAGCCGAUACCUCCAGCACCAGAUUGACGCAACCAACUGCCUGGGAAUCCUGGAGUUUGGGGCGAUCCAUGGAUGCCCUGAGGUGGUGGCCAAAGCGUGGGCCUUCCUCUUGGAGAACUUUGAGGCUGUACAACAAGGUGAAGAGUUUCUACCGUUGGGAAAGGACAGAUUGGUUGCCUGCCUCUCUGACGAAGGACUACAAAUCCGGUCAGAGUGCACCCGUGUGGAGGCCAUCCUGAAAUGGGUCAGGCACCACAAGGAGUCUCGGCUCUGCCACCUCCCUGAACUCCUUGCCUUGUCCCGUCUCUCUCUACUCAGCCUGGACUACCUGGCUAACACCCUGCUGACGGACAGCCUGGUGCAGGCCUCUCCCAGCUGCAGAGAGGCCGUGGAAAAAAUUCACACAGAGAAAAUGGAUUUGGCACCAGAAUAUAUGGACAGACUCAGCUCUCAGAGUCCACAACCAAACCUGCAAGAAGUGCUGUUCGUAAUGGGAGGUCGUUCACUGGAUGACUCAGAUGACUCAGAUGGCUCAGAUGAAGAUGAGGACAGAGACCCAAGACUGCAAAGACUGCUGCUCAGGAACUGUGCCUUCUACAACACAAAGACAAAACAGUGGCAUGAGCUCCCUAAUUUCCCCAACCCUAACAAGUGGGGUUACUCCAUGGUCUCCUUGAACAAUGAUGUGUAUGUCACAGGGGGCUCGCGAGGUGCAAAUACCAACACCUGGUCGACCACAGAGACCUGGAAGUACAUCACAAGAGAGGGGAGGUGGGUUACUGUGGCACCCAUGCUCCGGCCUCGGACUAACCACACGUCGGCAACGCUCAACGGGGAGAUUUACGUCAUUGGAGGUACAACAGCAGAUUGUGUUGAAGUUGAGCAUUAUGACCCUUACAACAACACCUGGGCCUUGGCAUGCCCCGCCUUAAAAUAUGUGACUAACUUCACUGCCACAGCCUGUCACGGGAAGCUCUAUGUGAUUGGCUCGUGCGCUGUGAAGUACAAUGCUUUGGCCAUGCAGUGUUACAACCCUGUUAUAGAUAGCUGGAUCAGCAUAUGUUCGCCCUUCAUCCCUAAGUAUUUGUCCUCUCCUCGUUCUGUCUGUGUGGAUGGAACUAUAUAUCUGGUUGCUGACAACACUAAGAAAGUCUACUCUUAUGAUCCGGAGGCAAACAUGUGGCAGAAGGUCCAGCUUCUCCACAUGCUGCAUGAGAAUGGCGGCCUGGUGACGCUGGAUGGCAAGCUGUUUGUCACCGGAGGCCAUUGGAAAGGUAUGGAGGGGGACUACGGGGUGGAAGUGGAGAUUUACAACCGAGCGUCCAACACCUGGGAGGUGGAGUGCUUCCUGCCAAGACUUUGGUUCUACAGCGGAGUCUGCACCAUCUUCCUUGAUCCAUCCCAGUGGAAUGAGCUUUUCCCCAUAGAUUCAACAUAAUGGCCUCCUGUUCUCACAAGACUAAACUCAUGGUCAAAGAGUUCACAGAGACAUGUUCCUAUCAUAUCUAGUGUGCAAAUGACAUGUUUAGCUCAGGAUGUCAUUGUUCCCUAGAAUAGUGUUACAUGAUCCUCAGGUAUUCUUGGUUGGUUUUAGGGCCUUGCUUGGCUGCUCAGCAGAUGUUUAUUUAUACUUUGUAUCGUGUGUUUGAGAUCUGAUUUCCUUUUUGUGUUAUUAAAUGGAGCUUGUGAAUCAUUAAAUCUUUAUAGAAAUAGUUUGUGGACUGCUGUUUUGAUGAUGAUGAUGAUUAUUAUUAUUAUUACUGGUUGUAUAUCACGGGUUUGGAACUGUAAAUGCUGGAAUUAUUAAUAAAAUGUGGUCUUGAGAAAUGA